AUGUCGUCUAAGUUGAUAACACCUGUUAGAGAGCAUCGUCGCAAGAGGGUCCGCAAGGGCACAAGGAGCUGCUGGGAGUACAAAGGCACCUCAUGUCUCAGUCAGGAGUUUCUCGAGGAUCAACCGCCACGCGAUGCGGAAAGCUCGGCGCUAAGCCAGCGAAUGGAAAGGGUAGAAAAUUUGCUGGAGAAAUUCAUGCGAAGUGUUUCCCAGGGCACAGGGGAUAACCGACCAGUCGAUGACCCAGUCGAUGUUUUCACUCCUUUAUCAACUUCGGCGACGAACAACCUCUCACGGCCUUCCGUUGUAUCGACAUUCAACAAUGCUAUAAUACAGCAGCCCGAGACCAAUACUUCUAUCUCAUCACCACAAUCAGCUCCAGUCUUAGACUUCAGUGGCCUUGUAAGCGCCACAAAUGGAUCUCCGAUAGGAGGAAUCGACAGGCUACAACAGCGACUCGUUGCAAUGCUCCCUUGUCAAGAGGAUGUUGAUCUUCUCUCGGGCACGAGCCAUGGGUGGUGGCUGAUUCGGCGACAUAUGAUGCCACACCUACUAAAACCACCUGAAAAUGACCCCGAAAACCCGUUCGAUAUUUUGGCAGUCUCAAAAAGUCAUCCCAUGGUCAUUGCAAGGCUUCUUCUGUGUGUGGCUAUCUGUAUUCAGCAGCUUCCAUCAAAAGCCGACCUAGGAAGGCUUCGGACCACAAUGCCCCUUCAAGAAAUGAUGGAGAAUAAUAUCGCUUUCAUCACCACAAGGGUCACUUCUGAUGAUGAAAUGACUGGAAGUAUGGAAGGUGUUGAAUGCCUUGCUCUUCAAGGAAUAUAUCAGGCCAAUGCAGGUAGCCUCCGCAGGUCAUGGAUCACCUUCCGUCGAGCAAUAAAUGUGGCCCAGCUUAUGGGCUUACACAGAGUGCCAUCAAAGACCUCUCAGGCAGUACCAGAUUGGAAGGAGACAAAGCGUCACUAUAUAUGGUACCAGAUAAUGCAAGCGGAGCGCUACCUCUCCCUUACUCUCGGGGUGCCAUCUGCAACAAGCUCGGCACCAACUCAUUUCGAUGAUCAGGCUCCCUUUCUUUCAAUCGAAGACCUCUAUCAUCAACACCUCUGCCAUAUCUCCGGCCUCAUCCUCACUCGCAAUCAAGGUGACUCCACGCACGCCUUCUCUUCUACUCAGGAAAUCGACGAAAAACUCGACUCGCUCGCAAAAAAGAUGCCACAAGACUGGUGGGAAAUUCCUGCCACCACAAUGAGCAGCCGCACAGAAGAGGCAGCCUCUCAAUUUGAGCGAAUGAUGUGCCAAAUCUGUCAUUUUGAGCUCGCAACACUACUGCAUCUGCCCUUUAUGCUGCGCGCGGCAACAGACCGAAGAUACCAAUAUUCCCAAAUUUCCUGCCUGAUCGCAUGCAGAGGCUUGAUCAAGAGGUGGAUGUCCAUCCGUGAGAUCCCAGGCAAGACCCUGUUCAGCAAUCUCAUCGAAUUCCAAGCAUUCACAGCAGCGACAACGAUAAUUUUAGGGGUCCUGGGGCAUUCACAUACCACCACGGAUGAGGUCGCCUUAAAAGAGCGAUGCGAGGACCUACAGCUCGUAGAGAGAGUAGUUCAGACCCUUGAGAAACUGAAGCAGCAUGGUACCGGCGUGCACAUCGCCGACCAAAGUAUUACCGUCAUUCGCACCCUCCAGGGCGUCCUUCAAAACAAAGAAGAAUCAUCCGGCAGCUUGCGCCUCGAAAUACCGCACUUUGGCACCAUCAGCAUUACACGCAGCGGUACAGUGCAAUCGCUCGAAGGUGAUCGCAUACUAGGCGCAAACCCACAUCCAAGGGCAACAUUGACAGGUGUUAGACCGCCAUUUGAAACCCGAGGCUUUGACUCGGCACAUCCUCAAACUACCACGGGACCUACAUCGACGUUGGUCUCUGCCCCUGGAAGCCAAGGACAUCGGAAUGCCAAUAUGGGUGGAGAGACUAUGGAUGACAACGCUGUGGGAAUGAAUGAUACUGUUUUGCAAUUCACAAGCUCUCACUUUCCAGUGUUUGAGAACUCGACCUUCAAUGAUAUUACGGAAUGGUCUUUACAAGAGAGCGAUACUAUAUUUUUUGACGGUUUGCUUAAUACCGAUGUGGAGGGCAAUUGGAAUUUCUAA